GCCUUUUGAAUCACAUCGCAGCUGCGGUCGUUAUGAUGGACCUCUCACACGCGACAAUACGUCUCACCGUGGAUGGCAGUGUGUUGGAAUACUCGUGGAGCGACUUCGCAUUGGCAAUGCACGCCGACCACAUUGACGCGGGAAAUUCGUCGACCUUGAACAUAUAUGCACUGCAAGACACCGUGGAUGUCCUUUGGAUCCUCACAUGCUCCAUGCAGAUCUUGCUGUUCCAAGUCGGUCUAGCGUUCCUCGCCCCUGCUGUGUCAUUACCCGACUCCAAAAGCUUUGGCCUCGUCGCGGUGGUCGUGUUGUUGUCGUACUCGUUUACAUUUGCGCUGUCGUUUGGCACUGGGACGUUUCUGGGACACGAUGGCUUUUUCCUUCUUGGCAUACCGUUAGCAUCUCCCACGUGGGCAUUCUGGGUUCUCCACUCGACCGGAGCUGUGACCAUGACGUCUGUGGUUUACCAUGCGUUAGCCGACCGAGUUAGUCGCGGCCCGCUCUUCUUGUACAUCCUUCUCCUCAACACGUUCGUGUUCCCAGUCCUCGUCCACGCCUUGUGGUCGUCCCAUGGCCCCGUCAGUAGCUCCAAUCCGCAUCCGUCGGCACUGUAUGGCACCGCCGUCGUGGACUACGCAGGGGCGAGCGCGUUGCAUGUCUGUGCUGGCAUGGCGGUGCUGAUUGCAUCUUGCUUCUCUAGGAGCAAAGAUUCUACGCCCGCCACACCUCCAUUAGAGCCUCCUUCUACUCUGCCGCCUACCGACAAUUACUUGGCAGACCUCUCUCGUCGUCCACCCCCCACAAGCUCCCCUCCCUUCGCCGAGGCGUCCCCCGAAACGACAUCGCUAUACCACUCUAUCGGAUCGUUCUUCGUAUUCGUUGCCCAUUUCGGCUUGAUUCACUUGUCGUCGCCGACGCUGCGCGGCCUUUGCCCCGACGUCGUAGUGGCGUCUUGCGUCAACUUGGCACUGAGUUCUGCCGCCAGUUGCGUCGUCAGCUCUGUGCUGUCGCUGUACGUCCCGACCAAGCACCCAAUGAACCAUGGCCUUCUCAGCGGUCUCGUGGCCAUGUCUGCUGCGGCGUCCUCCGUGGCUUCCCACGCCGCCAUCAUCAUUGGGGCCGUGGCAGGAUUCGUGUUUGUCACCGUGUCGACAUGGACCCGACUGGGCCGACUCGACGAUGCGUUGGAUGUGAUUGCCAUUCAUCUCGGCAACGGGGUCUGGGCGCUGGUAGGUGCAGGGAUGUUUAGCUACGGGGAUCGCAUCGCCCUUGCCAAUGCAUGCACUUUUGCUGCUGUGACUAGUACUACGGCUGUUCCCGUAGCUACUAAUAGCAGCAAUGGGACAACAUCACCUUUCAGCCAACCGAACAUAACGACGACGCUCACGAGCAUGACAAGUGGUGGGUGUAAGUUUUCCAUGUGGCAAGGGUGUGGGCGUCAAGUGAGCGCCAACGUCGUGUGGACUGUCGUCGUGUUAGUGUUUGUGGGGCUCAUGUGUGCAAUAUGGUGCGUGCCUCUCUACCUCAAGGGCUGGUGGGCAGCGGACAAAACAAGUUUGACCAAGCUUCCGUACGACCCCCUUCAAGACUUCGACGAGUUCUACCCUACUGACGACGAGGGCACGACGCCGUGGGGCUAUCACGACCAGGUGCCCCAGCAUCAUUCAGUCCCCGUGCAUUCCCCACGAUCGCCUGGUGCUGCUUCAAGUGACGGGAGUACGAGCCCAACUGGACUUCUCUGCGACGGCCACUUGCAGUCGAGUGUCGAGCGGAGGUACAAAUUCAGCCCCACGACUUCGUUUCUGUCGGGUGCGCCGUCGACCAUUCAUGGUCGAUUUUCGUCCACUUCAUCGUAACAGUGAAUGGUCAAAUCUCUUAUAAGUUCUUGA